CCGCGGCUGCCGCGUACGUGUUAUACUUCAAUGCAUGGUGCACCAUUGAUAUCGCGUGUUGCUGCGAUCCUGGGUAGAAACCCCACUCCGAAAUAGACCGGACAAGAUAGACCCGAGUUUUACUUUCGUUCAAGCAUCGCUCUCAGUUCAGUUUACCGCUGCGCGUUCUCGCGCGCAUUGCUCUCGCGCGUGUCAUUCUUGUAAAACCGUUCGAAGCAGAUGAACGCCGUGUAUUAAAUAUAGGAGUUAUCCUUACAUCGUAAAAGAAGAAGAGAGAGAAGCGGAUAUGGCGUGUAUCAUCUCCAGAAAAAUGUUAAUUCCUGUUAGAAGCAUCGCCACUGGUAGUUUUUUCAUUUUCAUAUCACGAUUCCUCGCUCUAAUGACACUCGUCGGAGCUGCGACCUUGCCGCCCAGGAUGCUGCAGGAUCUGGGUAAGCGUACGAAUCUUUCCAUGGAGCGGUACAGCCAGGCGGAACAAGCGAUCCUAGACUCCCAGACGCGUCUCAAUCGCGGCUCGCCGUCCUGGUUUCUCGGCGCGUCCCACGAGAUGACCGAAGGCGCGCAAAAUCUCUCGAGGCAAGCCCUGCGGAUCGAGACGAUGACGAUGAUGCUCGUGGAGGCGCUCAAUAUGUCGUCGAAACAGGCGUCUUCGGUGCUGCCGACGGUGGCCGCCAUCUUCUGCCCCGGCUCGCCCAGCUUUCUGCGAAUAAUGUCCGAGUGCAAAAAAACGGAUAUCCAUUACAGGACGCACACCGGUCGCUGCAAUAAUCCGUUGCAUCCAACUUGGGGCGCAGCACUGGAGGCUUAUGUGAGACUCUUGCCGCCGGAAUACGAAGAUGGUGUCUCCUUGCCCCGCACAAAGCUGCCAAGCGCGAGAGAAGUCUCCUCGAGAGUGCAUUCCGGCGGACUGGAUCUCAGACAUCCUUAUUUGAUGGCGCUCAAUGCGCUUUUCAGUCAAUUCCUCGCUAACGAUUUGGCGCAUACGCCCAGGAUGGAAUUGCCGGACGGUGCCAGGCUCAAAUGCUGCAAUGUUGAUUACGAGAAUUUUCAUCCCGAGUGCUUUCCGAUCCGCGCGGAGCAGCCGGUCGGGUGUAUGGAAUACUCGAGAUCGGCGCCGCAUCCAGGAAAUUCGUUACAGGGUUGCAGGUUGGGUCCGCGACAGCAGAUUAAUCAAGCAUCCUCCUAUCUGGAUCUAUCACCGCUUUACGGUAGUUCCGAAGAAACAGCUAAAGCCUUACGAUUGGGCAAGGGCGGUUUGCUAAAUACGCAGAGGAAGAAUUUGCCGAUGGCUUCGCCAAGACAUGAAAGUUGCAGGAGCUCGAAUAAAGCAUUCCCGUGUUUCUUUAGUGGCGAUUCGAGAGUAAACGAGAAUCCGGGUCUUACUUUAAUGCACGUGUUAUUCUUACGGGAGCACAACCGAGUGGCUACGGAAUUAGAACGUUUAAAUCCUCAUUGGGACGACGAACAACUAUAUCAGGAAGCAAGAAGGAUUGUUAUCGCCGAGCUGCAGCAUAUAACUUAUAACGAAUUUCUGCCAGUUAUUUUUGGAGAGGAUGCUCUUGACAAAUUCGACCUGCGCUUGACACAGCGGGGCUACUUCCGCGGCUACGACACUCGCGUGGACGCGACACUUUCGAAUUCGGCGGCGUCGGCCGGACUCUUCUUCGUCGCCGCCCUGACCCCGAAAACCCUCGACCUGGUUGACUCGCGAUCGUCGCAAAAGUCUGGCGAAAGGUCCUUGUUGUCGGCCUUUUACGCGCCGCAGGAGUUCUACGAAGCCGGCGCGAUCGACCGACUGAUCGUCGGAGCUACAGCGGGACAUUCUAGGAAGCCUCUGCCUCCGGGCUUGAACGAAAUACUCCUGGAGCGAUACUUCCACGACGGGAAAACCAACGAUGUAGCCGUGGACUACGCCGCGCAAAUUAUACAGCAGGGAAGAGAUCAUGGCUUGCCGUCUUAUGUCAGGUGGCGAAGCUUUUGCGAUCUGCCGGAUAUCGUGGACUUUCGGGAUCUUAAAGGCACAGUAACCAGAGAUACUAUCGAGAGACUUCGAGCAGUUUACAAAAGUGUGGAAGAUAUAGAUCUGGUAACGGGAGCUCUUUCGGAAGCACCAGUAUCGGAUUCUGUUCUCGGACCCACGUUUCUUUGUUUGUUAGGACGGACAUUUCGGAAUAUUCGUUUAGGUGACAGAUAUUGGUACGAGAAUGGAAAUACCGCUGGUUCGUUUACGAUAAAACAAUUGGAAGCAAUACGAAAAAGUACAAUGGCACAAAUUUUAUGCCACAAUGGAGAUAGGUUACAAUGGAUGCAACCGAGAGCUUUUAUUCUAAAAGAUCCUUUCCUGAAUGACAUGACUAAUUGUACAGUUUAUACGAGAGGAGCCAUGAAUUUUGCAGCUUGGAAGGAAAGAACAAAUGCGAUUUAACCUAAAUCUCCUACUAAUCAUCGGAUUUUAACAUUGCUCAUAUUAAACGAUGUUGUUCCUGACCACAUUAUAAAUCGCAUGUUCAAAUGAACUUAGCGAUUGUUUGUUAUUCUUAUGUCUAUUUGGAUGGUUCUCAUUAUUGUUGAAUCAAAUAAAAAAUGUUUAUCGUUUAAGGACUUAUGCUAAAUGUUUAUAACAACUAAUUAAAAGUUUCCAAUGUAAUUUCAAACGCCAAAUUGAUUUCAAGCUUGAUUAAAAAAUUUCGUUCAAUAAAGUUUUGCUAAGCAA